AUGGACUCUCUCUUAAAGUCAAAAUCCAAAGACGAUAUUCUUACAGAAUCAAAAUCCCCUCUGCUAAAAAACCCAGGCGCCACAAUACGUGACCAAAUCCUCCGUUUCCAAAACCAAAUUUCUGACCUCCAAAAAGAAAACGACGCAUUAAAACGCGAAAACCUCAAACUCAGCACCCAUUUGGAAUUUCUUCAAAAGAAAGACAGCCAAGCCAUGAAAGCAGAAAUAAGCUUCAAAAAUUUAAUCAGAGGCUACCAAGACGAGCUCUCCGGACGCAAAAGCAUUUUCAAGCUUUCCAAAGAUGACGUAAAAUCAGUCUCAGGCUCCUAUGAGAACCUAUUCGACAGUAUCGAGCUUAUGAAAGACAAAGUCCAAGAAAUGUUAUCACAAAAAGAAGAAGCCUUAGGGGCUAUUUUUAAUACAAAAUUAAAAGAAAUCAGCAAACAGCUGGAAAAGGAAAAAAAGGAAAAAUUCGAGUUUAUUGACAGCUUGGCUGAAAAAGAAAUAAAAUUGACAGAAGAGCUUGAGCUGCUAAAAGCGUCAGUUUUUAUGAUAGAAUCAAAGAAUAACAGCUUAGAAAGAGAAAAUAAAAAGCUGGCAAUAAAUUUAAAAGAAAGAGAUAUAGAGAUUAAAGGACUCCAAGACAAACUUUUUAAGCUGAAAAAGAAAAAAAUGAAGUUGCCACCGAUUGAGAUGCCGAGAAGCCUGAGCACGAUCCCUCCUGACUGUAUUUCUGACAAAAGAGUAUCCCCUGCUAUGGUAAAUAACCCUAUAAAUACUGAAAGAGAAGAAAUCAGCUCUUUAAAUACACAAAAUUAUGUGUAUAAGCUACAAAGACAGCUAAAAGUGGAAAAAAAUAACGCAAGGGCUGCUAGAGAAGCGUAUAGGCGAGAAGUGGAAAAUAAAGGAGAAUUGUUUAAAUUGAUACAGGAAUGCUAUGAAGAUACUAAAGAGCACGUGCAGCAGGUCAAAAUGAGCUCGAUUAAGAAGCUUAAUGACUAUUUGAAGCAGAAGUUUAUGGAUGAGCUGACGAAAAGAGAAAAAAUUUUGGAGCUGAUCACAGAAAAGCUGUACCAGGGAUAA